AUGGCUGCAAAGCGCGUCUACCAAGUUUGGAAAGGAAGUAAUAAAUUCAUAUGUGGAGGGAGGUUGGUAUUUGGGCCUGACGCUAGGUCCCUGCUUGUCACCUUGUUGCUGAUUAUUGUUCCAGUUAUAAUCUUUUGUGUAUGUGUAGCAAGGCAUCUACGGCAUGAAUUUUCUUCAUAUAGUUCUGGAUAUGCUAUUUUAGCAGUGGCUAUUCUCUUUACUAUUCAUGUCCUGGUGGUUCUCUUUCUUACUUCCUCAGGUGAUCCAGGCAUCGUUCCAAGGAAUUCACAUCCACCAGAAGAAGAGUUUCGUUAUGAUUCUUCAGUUUCUGUUGAUGCUGGGGGAGCAGGACGACAAACGCCAAGUCUUCAGUUCCCUCGAACAAAAGAAGUUAUUGUUAAUGGCGUUGCUGUUAGAGUUAAAUAUUGUGAGACUUGUAUGCUGUAUCGUCCUCCUCGUUGCUCGCACUGCUCCAUUUGCAACAACUGUGUUGAGCGUUUCGAUCACCAUUGCCCUUGGGUGGGCCAGUGCAUUGGUCUGAGGAACUAUCGUUACUUCUUUAUGUUUGUUUCUUCAGCAACUAUUCUGUGCAUCUAUGUGUUUUCCCUCUCAGCUUUUUACAUCAAGGUUCUUAUGGAUAAUUAUGACGGCACAGUUUGGACGGCCAUGAAAGAGUCCCCUGCAUCCGUGAUACUAAUGGCGUAUUGUUUCAUCUCUCUGUGGUUUGUUGGUGGACUAACCGGUUUUCAUUUGUACCUUAUAGGCACAAAUCAGACUACCUAUGAAAACUUCCGUUACAGAGCUGAUGGAAGGAUCAAUGUUUUUAAUCGGGGUUGUUUAAAUAAUUUUCUUGAAGUGUUGUGCACAAAAGUAAGGCCCUCAAGGAACAAUUUCAGGGCUUUUGUCAGAGAUGAGGUACCGAGGCCGCUUGCUCCGAUCAUUAGCCGGGAACGAGAAGCAGAUGAGUUGGGUGGAGAUCGGCGUCCUAAGGUUGAAGAUGAUCUAGACAUUGGUGAAGACCUGUUGAAGAUAUCACAGCGAAGGAACGUUGAUGAGGACAUUCGGGGCAAUGGAGCAGCCAACAAUGCAUCUGAACCUGACUCAAUUUUGUCUGCAGAUCAUCGAGCUCCCACAAUUCGAUCUGAUGCUAGGCACUCAAGUUGGGAAAGGAGUGGAAACUGGGAAAUUGCACAAGAGGUACUUGCUAAUUCAAAUGUCACUGAAAGCAGAAACUAUGUCACUUCUAAGGAAAUGCGCCAAUGAGGGGUGUGUGGUAUUUUAAUGGCAUCAACCAUAUAUGAUGUGAGAUUAGGUGGAUACUAUAGAUGGAAAAGGAAAUUUGUUGGAACUCUGGUAUAAAAACUUAGCCUACCUUUUUUGUGGUGACCCUAGUUCUUUGAGAGGGCAUAGAAAUGUGUGCAUGUAAUUUGUUUUGAGAGACCAUGUGUCCUGUUUUUUCUCUUUUUCUCCCCUCCUUAUUUUUUAACAGCCCAAUAUAUGGAUCUCAUCUUGUCUUUAUUCUUUGUGUAAAUAACCAGUUAUCAUACUGAAGAAGCUUCUCUACAUAUAUUGCGUUUUAGGCACUGUAAA